UGGGCACUCAGAAAUAGAUAAACUAUUCUUGCCUCAACCGAACCAAAGGCCCUGCGGGCUUCGUGAAAGCUCAGCCAGGUGCUUUGGGAGGCUGGGAGGAGGAAGACGGAUCCGUGGAAAGAAGCACGUUCACACCAUGGCACUGAGGCCUCUGGGCCGAGCUAUAAUUUAAAGCGUGAAACGAAGGGGUCAUAGAUUCUGACUAAUGCUGAGCCUUUGCAUGAGUUACCCAGUGGAAUCUCAUGGCGACACCAGGAAAUCGACUUUAUACAUGCUUUUUAGGAAACGAGGGACGCAGGGUGAAACAAGCCAAGAGUGUUGCCAGGGCUCGCGCCAGCGCCGUCAGACUCUCGCAAUGGAGGAGCUCCAGGGCCUGGCGUCCGCGGCUUCACGGGGAGGGAGAAAAGCCCCCCUGCUGUGCAGAAGCCUAAGCCCGAGUGAGGCGCCUGCGAAGGCUGCCAGUAGCGGAAGAGAAGGGGCGUCCUCGGAGCUGCGCAGCGCUCGCCCGCGGUAGGUGGGCGCGGAGCUCAGAGCCAAACGCAAACGCUGGCGAGAAGUCCCAGCCCCCUCCGCCAGCCCCCUCGCUGCGGGGAGGGGUUUCUCACGCCCCCUGGCUCCUGGGAGACUGCACCGGAGGUCGGAAGGAAGCGGGGCGAGGAUGAGUCACCCCGCCUAAUUCCUCCUUCCACGUCCCCUACCCUCCGCACGCCGGCCCCCUCCAGAGAUCAUGCAGCCGCGAGCGAAGACACCCCUAUCUUCAGACUCCACUGAACCCCCUGUGGCCUGCGGAGACGAGGAGACGGACGGGUCUGGUGGCCAAUGAGAGCUUUGAUCUCUCGCCCGUCGCCCAAUGGGCCGUGGCUCCUGGGCCAGGGCGGGACUAGGAGGGCAGGAGGGGGCGGUCCGGGCUGGCGCGCGGCGCGGCGGCUCCGCGACAGCGGCUCACAGAGCUAGCGCUUCUCCGGGUGUCCACGCCAGCACGACGCGGGAAGGCGCCGCCGCCGCCGCUGGCCAGGGUGCUGGACAAGACGAGCCCCUCGGCCACCUCGCCAGCUCAGGCACCCUCUGCAGCCGCCGCUGCCUCCUCCCAGACCCGACCCCAUGGAGGAGAUGGAAGAGGAGUUGAAAUGCCCCGUGUGCGGCUCCUUCUAUCGGGAGCCCAUCAUCCUGCCCUGCUCUCACAAUUUGUGUCAGGCGUGCGCCCGCAACAUCCUGGUGCAGACCCCGGAGUCUGAGUCCCCUCAGAGCCGUCGGGCCUCGGGCUCCGGGGUCUCCGACUAUGACUACCUGGACCUGGACAAGAUGAGCCUGUACAGCGAGGCGGACAGCGGCUAUGGCUCCUACGGGGGUUUCGCCAGCGCCCCCACUACCCCGUGCCAGAAGUCCCCUAACGGCGUCCGCGUGUUUCCCCCGGCUAUGCCGCCACCGGCCACCCACCUGUCACCGGCCCUGGCCCCGGUGCCCCGCAACUCCUGUAUCACCUGUCCCCAGUGUCACCGCAGCCUCAUCCUGGAUGACCGGGGGCUCCGCGGCUUCCCCAAGAAUCGCGUACUGGAAGGGGUAAUUGACCGCUACCAGCAGAGCAAAGCCGCGGCCCUCAAGUGCCAGCUCUGCGAGAAGGCGCCCAAGGAAGCCACCGUCAUGUGCGAACAGUGCGACGUCUUCUACUGCGAUCCUUGCCGCCUGCGCUGCCAUCCGCCCCGGGGGCCUCUAGCCAAGCAUCGCCUGGUGCCCCCGGCCCAGGGCCGGGUGAGCCGGCGACUGAGCCCUCGCAAGGUCUCCACCUGCACAGACCACGAGCUGGAGAACCACAGCAUGUACUGCGUGCAGUGCAAGAUGCCCGUGUGCUACCAAUGCUUGGAGGAGGGCAAACACUCCAGCCACGAAGUCAAGGCUCUGGGUGCCAUGUGGAAACUACAUAAGAGCCAGCUCUCCCAGGCACUGAACGGACUGUCAGACAGGGCUAAGGAAGCCAAGGAGUUUCUGGUACAGCUCCGCAACAUGGUCCAGCAGAUCCAGGAGAACAGUGUGGAGUUUGAAGCCUGUCUCGUGGCCCAAUGUGAUGCCCUCAUUGAUGCCCUCAACAGAAGAAAAGCCCAGCUGCUGGCCCGUGUCAACAAAGAGCAUGAGCACAAGCUGAAGGUGGUUCGAGAUCAGAUCUCUCACUGCACAGUGAAAUUGCGCCAGACCACAGGUCUCAUGGAGUAUUGCUUGGAGGUGAUUAAAGAAAAUGAUCCUAGUGGCUUUUUGCAGAUUUCUGACGCCCUCAUAAGGAGAGUGCACCUGACUGAGGAUCAGUGGGGUAAAGGCACACUCACCCCAAGGAUGACCACGGACUUUGACUUGAGUCUGGACAACAGCCCUCUGCUGCAAUCCAUCCACCAGCUCGACUUCGUGCAGGUGAAAGCUUCCUCUCCAGUCCCAGCAACCCCUAUCCUACAGCUGGAGGAAUGUUGUACCCACAACAACAGUGCUACGUUGUCCUGGAAACAGCCACCUCUGUCCACGGUGCCCGCCGAUGGAUACAUUCUGGAGCUGGAUGACGGCAACGGUGGUCAGUUCCGGGAGGUGUAUGUGGGGAAGGAGACAAUGUGCACCGUGGAUGGCCUUCACUUCAACAGCACAUACAACGCUCGCGUCAAGGCCUUCAACAAAACAGGAGUCAGCCCGUACAGCAAGACCCUGGUCCUCCAAACGUCCGAGGACACAGAUUCAGAAGAACAGACCCUCCCUUUUCCAGUGCCUUCGGAAAGAUUGCCGCUCCGUAGAAUGAGUCCUUUCUCCUCCACCCUUAAUCUACAACCCAGCUUCCCCGGGAGAUCCUACUUUGAUUUCCGAUCCUCACCCCACCAGCUGAGCUUGCAUUCCUCUUUACAGUCUCUCAAUGCACCGGGAUGCAAUUUUGAGACACAAUCUGCACCUUACUCUCAAUUAGUUGACAUUAAAAAGCUGUUGGCAGUGGCCUGGUUUGCUUUCGACCCUGGCUCGGCACACUCAGACAUCAUCCUCUCCAAUGACAACCUGACAGUGACCUGCAGUAGCUAUGACGACCGGGUGGUGCUAGGGAAGACUGGCUUCUCCAAGGGCGUCCACUACUGGGAGCUAACGGUAGAUCGCUAUGACAACCACCCUGAUCCUGCCUUUGGCGUGGCUCGCAUGGACGUGAUGAAGGAUGUGAUGUUAGGAAAGGACGACAAAGCUUGGGCAAUGUAUGUGGACAAUAACCGGAGCUGGUUCAUGCACAACAACUCGCACACCAACAGAACCGAGGGAGGGAUCACAAAAGGGGCCACGAUUGGGGUCCUCCUCGACUUAAAUAGAAAAAACUUGACAUUUUUUAUCAACGAUGAACAGCAAGGUCCUAUAGCAUUUGAUAAUGUGGAGGGCCUGUUCUUCCCUGCGGUCAGCCUGAACAGGAAUGUGCAGGUCACGCUGCACACCGGGCUCGCAGUCCCCGACUUCUACUCCAGCAGAGCAUCCAUAGCCUAAGGAUGUGCCGUGGAGGCGCCAGCUGCCUGUUCUUACCUCCGCCUGCGAGAGCCACAGCAAGGAGCUCAGCCAGCCGUGGUGCGGUGCAGAGUUGGCAGAAGCGGGAGAAGGAGGAGAGAAAAGCUGGUCCUCUGCAGUCUUCACACCUACAGCUCUGCCCUUUUCCCUUCCAACCUCUCCUCUGCUGUUAUGCCUGUUUCCGCUUCCAUGUCCAACAGUUCUAACCAACAAAGGACCUAGACAGCCCACCAUGUCACUUGGUUCCCACUCCCAGAUUUUGCUUUUAUUUAACUUAAUUUUUUUAUGUAGGUGAGUUAUAUUUUCUUUCUCUUCUGAUCAGGUUAUUGGUGACUUACUGGACCGGCAUUGCCAAGAGAAAAUUCUCUUGCUAACUUUCUUUCUUAUGCUUUCUGUCAAACAAUGAGGUUAUAGGGGAGGUAGGGAAGAAUGAGCUGAAUUUGUAGCAUACAGCUUACCUCUUAGAAUGUUCUUGCUCUGUUACCUCUCCUGUAGCGUUAGUUCUGCAGAGCUAAGCUUUGGGAGGGUGAACCUAUCACUGAGAAGUCUUACUACUCAUUGAAGCACAAAAAUAUCCGCUACACAGGUUCACAUCAGGGUAGGAGCAUUAGGAUGGCCGUACAAUUAGGAUAGGCCAGCAACUCUGGCCAUUGUAUAAAAUUGGAAAGUAUCUAAGACAUAGGCAAACCAGGGGACUUAAUGAUUUGGUUCAUUUAUUUAAUACAAGCUUUUAAUUGAGAAGCUACUAUUGACCAGGCACUGUUCUAGACACUAGAACAUUAUGUUCUAGACACUGUGGGGACACAGUGGUGAACAGACAGGCAUAGUCUCUGCCCUUCAGAGCUUAUAUUCCAGUAGGAGAAAAAGCAAAAAUAAAAUAACUAAAAUUGUCAUAUGUACUAGAAAGGAAAUAGGCAAAGGUCAAAGAGGCUCAUGGGCAAGAUCUUUCAGGCUUCCUAGAAUGAUGCUAAAAUCCACACAUUCUGGCCAUAGCACCAGAAAUGUACCAACUCAAUGCCUUUUUAGCUGCGCUGUGUAAUUAUGGUACCUGCUGCCACUCAUCGUAGAGCCCUUCUUGGUAGAAAUGAUGUCAGCAUUCUUAUUUGCUAAUGCUGCUAUGAUACCACGCCUUAAAAACUGAUAGUAAAAAA